AUGGUUCGUAAAAAGAUUGAUAAUCGCGUACGCGUUUUGAUUGAAAAUGGGGUUGUCACAGGACACAGGACAAUGUUUGUUGUAAUCGGUGAGAAAGCAAGAGACCAGGUUGUUCUGUUGCAUCAUAUGUUAUCGAAGACUGUUAUAAAAGCUAGACCUUCCGUGCUUUGGUGUUACAAGAAGGAAUUAGGUUUUAGCAGUCAUCGAAAGAAACGGAUGAAGUCUAUACAGAAGAAAAUUAAAUCAGGAAAGUUGGAUGUGAAUGAAGACGAUACCUUCGAAUUGUUCGUUGCCUCCACUAAUAUACGAUAUUGUUAUUAUAAUGAGACACAUAAAAUACUUGGAAAUACGUACGGCAUGUGUAUCUUGCAGGAUUUCGAGGCAAUUACACCAAACUUGUUGGCGCGUACGAUAGAAACUGUCGAAGGAGGAGGACUUAUCAUCUUUCUUUUACAGUCCGUUAAUUCUUUGAAACAGUUAUAUGCCAUGAAUAUGGAUGUUCAUCAAAGAUUUCGUACAGAAGCGCAUCAAGAUGUUGUUGGUAGAUUCAACGAAAGAUUUUUGCUGUCUCUUGCAUCGUGCAAAAGAUGUCUGGUCGUCGACGAUCAAUUAAAUGUUCUGCCUUUAUCAUCUCAUAAUUUGAAGAUCGAUCCUGUACAGAAGUUGACUUCUUCCGAAGAGAUAACAGAGUUAGAUACACUGAAACAGAGCUUGAAAGAUACGCAACCUAUUUCUUCUCUCGUUGAUUGUUGCAGGACAAUUGAUCAGGCGAAAGCUCUUUUGAAAUUUAUCGAAUGCAUAUCGGAGAAGACACUAAGGUCCACUGUUUCUUUAACUGCAUCAAGAGGACGUGGAAAGUCUGCAGCGUUAGGCUUAGCAAUUGCGGGAGCUGUAACGUUCGGCUAUUCGAACAUUUACAUCUCGAGUCCAAGCCCCGAAAACUUGAACACACUAUUCGAAUUCGUUUUCAAAGGGUUUGAUGCUUUGGGUUAUCAAGAACAUCUUGAUUAUGGUCUAGUACAAUCUACAAAUCCCGAGUUUAAUAAGGCUACUGUGCGGGUGAAUGUGUUUCGAGAUCACAGGCAAACUAUACAGUACAUUCAUCCUACUGACGCACACAAAUUGAACCAAGCCGAGUUGCUCGUGAUCGAUGAAGCUGCAGCGAUACCUCUCCCUUACGUGAAAGCUAUGCUUGGUCCUUAUUUAAUAUUUCUCGCGUCAACCAUUAAUGGAUACGAAGGAACAGGCAGAUCUUUAUCAUUAAAAUUAUUACAACAGUUAAGAAGUCAAACUGUCAAUUCGAAUACUCAUGAAAAAAGCGACAAGCAAAAUGAGAAGACUGUUAUUGGAAGACAAUUGCAUGAAUUGACAUUGGAAGAGUCUAUCCGUUAUAAGCCGGGAGACUCUAUCGAACAAUGGCUGUGCGAUUUAUUAUGCUUAAAUGCUACAACAAGCGCUCCUGUAUUGUCCGGCUGCCCACCGCCAGAUAUGUGCCAAUUAUAUUAUAUAAACAGGGAUACCUUGUUUUCUUAUCACAAGGCAUCUGAAUUAUUCUUACAAAGAUUGGUGGCUCUAUACGUCUCGUCUCACUAUAAGAAUAGCCCGAAUGAUUUGCAAAUGAUGUCUGAUGCCCCGGCUCAUCACCUGUUUUGUCUUCUUGGUCCGAUCGAUUCGAACAAGAAAACGUUGCCUGAAGUACUAGUCGUGAUUCAAAUUUGCUUAGAAGGGGAAGUAAGUAAAAGUACCAUAAACGAUGGGCUAGUCCGAGGGAAAAGAGCAGCUGGUGAUCUCAUUCCAUGGACCAUUGCUCAGCAGUAUCAAGAUGAAGAUUUUCCAUCAUUAGCCGGAGCGCGUAUCGUUCGCAUCGCAACUCAUCCUGAUUAUCAUGGGAUGGGAUACGGUAGUCGAGCAUUGAAUUUACUAAAAGAAUAUUAUGAGAUGAAGAUAGUUAAUAUUAACGAAGCACCGGUAGACGCGCCCAAGACGGAAAUAUCAAGAGUCCAGGACGAAGAAGUAAAUCUGCUGGAAGAAACGAUCGAACCUCGAGCUUCCCUUCCACCGCUUCUAUUGAAGCUCAACGAGCGACCUCCGGAAAGUUUAGAUUACAUCGGUGUGUCUUACGGCGUUACUGAACAGCUAUUAAAGUUUUGGAAACGAGCUGGUUUUGUCCCGGUGUAUCUACGACAAACGACCAACGACAUAACGGGUGAACAUUCAUGUAUCAUGAUAUAUAAAAUAAAUUCUGAACACGAAGAAGUCAAGUGGCUACAAGCGUAUUGGAAUGAUUUUCGGAAACGCUUUAUAAGUCUGUUGUCAUUCUCAUUCAAUACGUAUCCAUCCUCGUUAGCUCUAAGUAUAUUGAUUAAUAAAGCAGUUACACUAGAGUCUAAAACAUUAACGAAAGAGGUACUAGAUGUAUACUUUACAUCUUACGACCUGAAGCGCUUAACUAUGUACAGUAAUAAUAUGGCAGAUUAUCAUUUGGUAAUGGAUCUCUUACCAUCACUAGCGCGUUUAUAUUUUGUAAACGCGGCAGGCGAUACACACUUGUCAGCAGUGCAAUCGGCAAUUUUAUUAGGAUUAGGUUUGCAGCAUAAAACUGUCGACAAAUUGGCAGAGGAACUAGGUUUGCCAUCGACGCAAUUGCUUGGCUUGUUUAAUCGUACCAUACGUAAAUUUGUACAGUAUCUUAACGGUGUAGCGGAGAAUUUUAUUGAGCGUACGAUUAUGAACAAGGAAAUAAGCAAUCAGGAUGUACAUCUUAAACCCAUCGACAAAAGUUUGCACGAUGAAUUGGAAAGUGCUGCUAAAGAAUUGAAAGCGAAGCAAAAAGCUGAAUUGGCGAAAUUGAAACGAGAAAACUUAGAACAGUAUGCCAUCAAAGGAACAGACGCCGAUUGGAACUCGGCGCUCACCGGAAAGAAGAACAAAAAUCUUAUAUCUGUAAAAAGCGGUGAGAAGAAAGCAUCGGAAGAUGAUAUUGCCUUAGAAACUCAAAAAAAGCAGACGAAGAAAAGGAAAAGGCACUCUUUUAAAACUUGAUCAAUAUAAAAUAUCUUUAGGCGCACUCUGUAAAAUAAAUUGUACUAUUAAUAACAAUUGAAUGUUUUUAUGGAAAGCAAGUGUAUUUUUAUAUGAAAAGGGAGGUACAAUAUCAAUAAUAAAUUAUUGUACAAUUUUCA